UCAGACACCCAGAAGGAAGACAACGUUUGAAUGGUGGAGUUGUAGACAUGUGAAGGCAUUUUGGGAGCUACGUCAAAAUGAGAACUAGAAGAGGAACAUUUGGGGAAGUUCCAGCACAAGUGUCAACAACUUCAGCAGCAAAUUGUGGUGGUAGAAAGGAGCCACCAAGUGAUGUGUUAAACAACAGAAACACAAAGAAUGGAGAGGAGCCACCAAGUGAUGUGUUAAACAACAGAAAUACAAGAAAUAAAAAGGAACCUCCAAGUGAUGUGUUAAACAACAGAAAUACAAGAAAUAAAAAGGAACCUCCAAGUGAUGUGUUAAACAACAGAAAUACAAGAAAUAAAAAGGAACCUCCAAGUGAUGUGUUAAACAACAGAAAUACAAGAAAUAAAAAGGAACCUCCAAGUGAUGUGUUAAACAACAGAAAUACAAGAAAUAAAAAGGAACCUCCAAGUGAUGUGUUAAACAACAGAAAUACAAGAAAUAAAAAGGAACCUCCAAGUGAUGUGUUAAACAACAGAAAUACAAGAAAUAAAAAGGAACCUCCAAGUGAUGUGUUAAACAACAGAAAUACAAGAAAUAAAAAGGAACCUCCAAGUGAUGUGUUAAACAACAGAAAUACAAGAAAUAAAAAGGAACCUCCAAGUGAUGUGUUAAACAACAGAAAUACAAGAAAUAAAAAGGAACCUCCAAGUGAUGUGUUAAACAACAGAAAUACAAGAAAUAAAAAGGAAUAA